AUGAUUGCAGCAAUUGGUUCGUUGCUGUUGGCUGGAGCAAUUUUUAAAGCUAUUAGAACAUCUCCUCGUUGUAAAGAUGAUGUUGACUCUACUUCCACGGCUUCUUCUUCUCACGUUGACACUCCUCCUCCUGCAACCAAGCACGAUGUAUUUCUUAGCUUUAGGGGGGAAGACACUCGUGACAAUUUCACUAGUCAUCUUUAUGAUGCACUUUGCAAGGCAAACAUUCGAACUUUUAUGGAUCACAAGCUCCACAAAGGAGAUGAUAUCUCACCAAUUCUUUUGAGAACAAUUGAGGAAUCAGAGAUCUCUUUGAUUAUAUUCUCUGAAGAUUAUGCUUCUUCAACAUGGUGUAUGAAUGAACUCAUUCACAUCAUGCAAUGCAAAAGUAAACAUAAAAGGAUUGCUAUUCCUAUUUUCUACAAUGUAGAUCCAUCAAAUAUUCGUAAGCAAAAUGGGAGGUUUGGAGUUGGAUUUGCUAAGCUAAAGCGAAGGUUUAACCAAGAAAAGUUGACACAGUGGAAAAAUGCUUUGUUGCAAUCAACAAGUCUCUCUGGAUGGGAUUCCAAGAGUGUUAGGCCUGAAUCUGAACUUGUUAAAAAGAUUGUUGAAGACGUUUUGAGAAAAUUGAAUCGGAAGUCAUUCGUGCGUGUUGAAGGAUUAGUUGGAUCGAUCAUCAGAUAA